GGCGAAGGAGAAACGUCAUGUAGAACUUUAUCGUGGUAGGGAUAUUCGGCACCCGUGUAAAAUUGUAGACAAUAUCCUUAGUCCCUGAUAGCCGGCUACUGGUAGCUGGAUAUGUAAUAACGAUUUAUCAACUGCAUCUUCCAAUAUCCAAGGUCUUACCACUUGCAACAAGAUAUACUACUGACCUAGCUAGAAAUUGGUGUAGCGCAGUUUACUUGGGCGGCAACACCAGCAAGACUACGGAAAAAGGAACUUCCCUUAUCACAAGGACGUCGGUCAGACUGAACGCCAGACACGCCUCAAAUUCCCGACUAAGAGCGGAUAGCAGUGUUUGGAGUGGCUCACUAACUCCCAGGAUGCCCAGUAGCAUAUCUCCACCAGUUGUACGUGUUCCAAUGCCUACCUGUGCAGCCACGUACCUUCAGUCACGAAUGGGCUCAGACCUGGAUGCUGCAGCUGUUGACAGUCCCUUCAUUCCCCAGUCCAGUCAGUCUCUGCCAUCUGUCGCCGUCGGCAUGGCAACGCCGCCACCCACUCAAUCUCUCAGCAAGAGUCAGGUGACUCUACCGGGACCAGCCACGAACACCUGUCCAUCGCCUCAGUCGUCCUGCUCUGGUACUAGCAACCUUGACGACGCAUCGCUGCACGUGACUGCAUCAACGAGCAGGGCGCAGGACGUCUUUAAUACCAGCGAGCAAGAAUUCGCAGAUCUAAUCAAGACAGUGGGGUACAGCUCAGUGAACGAAGUGUACGGAGAGCUGGAGAAGGAAUUGUCUACCGCGGCCACUACGGCUCCUACGUCCGACAUGAUGUCAUCCAUAAUGACAAUGACGCAAACAACCAUGGCGCUCGAAGUGGGAGCUGACCGCGCGAGGCAACGCCUGGACACUGUAUCCCUGCCUACUGCAUUCACAACAGCCGUGUCGGCGGCAAGCACAUCUGGCGACCUUUCCUCCAUUCUUUCUUCCGCUACCAGCCAUCACGAGCCUCAGCAUGACACGAUUCUUACGCCUCUAUCUUCUCCAGAGCUAUCCCGGGCCCAUUCCCUGCCUGGUAUGCAGCCCGGUAUGCAGCCCGGUAUGCAGCCCGGUAUGCAGCACCACAGUAUUAGUCGCAAGCAUAAUAUGCCACCGCACCCGGCUGUAGCCAAUGCCUGGGCACCAUUCCCGAGUCUGACGGACAGCCACAGGAGCACCAAGAAUUUCAUCCAACAACAGCAGCAGCAGCUGAUGCAACAGCAGCAGCACCAACGUCGCCUACAGUCACUACAACAGCCUGCCACCCAGCCCCUCUACAGUCUGCAGCGGCGUCCAUAUGAUUCACUGCCGGAGCACCUGGGUGAUGUCUUCAGUCCCACGGAUAUGUCUCCGGGACAUCUGGAUGACUCAGUAUUCGGCUCUGGCUUUCCCAGCCCCACCAUUAUGUCGAACAGGGGAGCAUCUUAUGCCCGGGCGCAGCAAUUCAUGCCACCAUAUUCAGCCCUUGGAACCAUGUCACUGAGAGGCGGUGAUCAGGCCGUAUACCAAGCUUGUGCGAGCAUGCGAUCUCUACCUGGACUGGCGAUGUCUUCCAGCAUGCCAACCAUUCACUCCGAAGACUGGGGCAGCCCAGUUGAAAGUCACUCCAGCAGUGAUGGUGGCCAGGAUUCUGAUCGCGACUCGCUGGCUGUCCUGUUUCCGUCCUCACCGUGUGAUGGGCGCACAAAGAAACCAAGCAGAGCCAGUCGCACGAAGCCGAGGCGGAACGCGAUCAAACACGCCAUUCUCCGCAGACAGAUCGUCAGCAAGCAAUACACAGGUCAGGUACCACCGGCAUCCCUGCAGUUGUGGGAAUUCCUACUGCAUCAUCUAGAGCGUGGCACAGCUCAGGACGCCAUUGCGUGGAUCGACGAUCGGUCGGGAAAGUUCCGCAUUGUCAACUCGGAGAAGAUUGCUAAGAUGUGGGGAGACUACAGGUCCGUUCCCGCCAUGGAUUACGAGAAAAUGACGCGUGCUUUGAGAUAUUACUACCGGAGACGUAUCUUGGAGAAGCUGCAGCGCCGUCUCAUUUACCAGUUCUCCACUGAGAUCAUGCAGCAGGUGACGUCAUAUCGAACGCCUACGACCACGGAGUGAGUGAGGAUAAUACCGCUCCGCCCAUUGCCUUGAGGCUCUGCACCAGAGUGAGCAAAUCAGCUCAACGACUAGACACAGAGAUAUCGCAAAUACAGUAUAGCCUUGCGUUACCAUUGCGACGGCUACUAGCCUUGCGCUACCAUAGCGACGGCUACUUGAAAUUUACAUUUCGCAUCCAGAUUGUUUGAUUCACAAUAUGCUUGAGUGGAUAGUGAAUAUCUCAACAGCCAAAUAUUUUCGCCGUUGGUGUGUUGUUCCCCUGGGCUUAGGGAAAUCUGCAAUUCUUUUUGUAUUUUGUCAGAAUGUCCUCGUCAAGCUUUGUCCGAGACUCUGGAGAAUAUUGAAUUUAUUUCUUCUGCAUUGUGAGGCAGUCAAUGCAGCUGCACGUUGUUCCGAAAUACCCGAUUAUCACAAUUCGUCAAGCAGCUUUCUUUUAAUAUUUUCCGUAUUUCUUGCUUCCGUGCCAUGCACAAAUAUUUUCGAUAGCCAUAAUUCUAGCCGGGACAGAUUUUAGCCAUUCAUAUUAUUUUCAAAACACUCCACACUACAAUUUAUUUUGAAACCGCGUGCGCACACUCAUUUCCAAUGACAAAAAUCACCCUAUUACACAGGAAUAGUCUGUGGCUUGCUGCUUGCGCAAUCUGGAGACUCUGAAGGCACAUUAUUUUACUUCAAGUAGAUAGAUAAUUAUUACCAUGA